GUGACCAUCAUGAAUUUAGCUUUAGGUAAAUAUGGUUAAAGCGGUAGUAGCUAUUGUCAAAAAAAAAAAAAAUUCAAAAAAUUCCACCUCGUAUUUUAUUCAUCCCUUCUAAGGAAUUUUACAAAAAUACAACUUUAAAUGAUGCGUUUGUUUUCCAAAAUUGCAAUUAAAAUAAAAUAGUAUAAUUAAAUAAUGAUAUACUCUAUAACAACCAACAUAUAGCCCGGAUAGCCGCCUCGGCCAUUCAAAUACCUCCUGAUCAGGCGUAGAUGUUCUAAAGCCAAAUCAACAGAAAAGAAAGAGGAGGUGAAUAUGGCUCGGUCUAACGCCGGAGACGGAGUAGGAGCCACCGGAAUGGCAGAGGCUCCUCUGAACAACGAAAUGAUGUUUCAUAGGAGCAUGAGCACCAGCAGCUGUUUGUUCACGGAAGACGAGGAUAUGACUCGUACAGCGCUUUCAGAGUUUAAAGCUAAAGAGAGUGAGAUCGAGAGGAGAAAGAUGGAGAUUCGUGAACGGGUCCAGGCUCAACUAGAUCGGGUUGAAGAAGAAACCCGACGCCUCGCCACAAUACGCGAGGAGCUUGAAUCUCUUGCAGAUCCCACGAGGAAGGAAGUUUUGAUGAUUCGUAAGAAGAUUGAUAGCGUUUACAAAGAGCUCAGACCAUUAAGUUACUCUGUUCAAAAGAAGCAAAGGGAAUACAAAGAAGCAGUUGAUGCAUUCAACGAGAAGAAUUUGGAGAAAAUUCAGCUGAUCACCAAACUCAUGGAGUUGGCUGGAGAAAGCGAGAAUCUGAGGUUGAAGAAGCUUGAAGAUUUGAGCAAGAGCAUUUAGUGAAUGUCUCAAAAACAUACAUGACAAAGAUCAGCCAAAGAACUUAUUGGGUUUGGAUUUUUGUUCACUGUGUGAAUUAUGAUGUAUCUUCUUGUAAAAUGUGAAAUUUAUGGGUG